GAGAUGGAGUGCUUUGGGCCUGCGGCCAUCUACCUCCGGAAACCGGAGAGGGAGCGCAUUGAGGCCCAGACAAAACCAUUUGAUGCCAAGACUGCCUACUUUGUCACUGAGAAGGAUGAGAUGUACCUGAAAGGCGUUCUGGAGAAGAGAGACGGUGGCAAAGUCACUGUCAAAACACUGUGUGGUAAAGUUAAAAAAGUAUUGAAAGAGGAUGAAAUCUUCCCCAUGAAUCCUCCAAAGUAUGACAAAAUUGAGGACAUGGCCAUGAUGACCCACCUCCACGAGCCUGCUGUUCUGUAUAACCUCAAAGAGCGUUACGCAGCAUGGAUGAUCUACACCUACUCUGGGCUGUUCUGUGUUACUGUGAACCCCUACAAGUGGCUCCCAGUGUACGACAGUGCUGUUGUAGCCGCAUACAGAGGCAAGAAGAGAGUGGAAGCUCCACCCCACAUCUUCUCCAUCUCUGAUAACGCCUAUCAGUUCAUGCUCCAAGAUCGUGAAAAUCAGUCCAUCCUUAUCACUGGAGAAUCUGGUGCUGGAAAGACUGUCAACACUAAGCGUGUCAUCCAGUACUUUGCAACAAUUGCAGUUGCUGGAGGAUCAAAGAAGGCUGAAAACAAAAUGCAGGGAUCACUGGAGGAUCAGAUCAUUGCAGCCAACCCUCUACUGGAGGCCUAUGGUAAUGCCAAGACUGUGAGGAAUGACAACUCCUCCCGUUUUGGUAAAUUCAUCAGAAUUCAUUUCGGCACGUCUGGCAAACUGGCUUCUGCUGAUAUUGAAACUUAUCUGCUGGAGAAGUCAAGAGUGACAUUCCAGUUGUCUGCUGAGAGGAGCUACCAUAUCUUCUACCAAAUUCAGACUGGGCACAAGCCUGAGCUGAUUGAGGGCCUGCUUAUCACCACAAACCCCUAUGAUUUCCCUAUGAUCAGCCAAGGUGAAAUCACUGUCAAGAGCAUCAAUGAUGUGGAGGAGUUCAUUGCUACUGAUACAGCUAUUGACAUCCUGGGCUUCACCGCUGAUGAGAAAAUUGGCAUCUACAAGCUCACUGGGGCUGUGAUGCAUCAUGGUAACAUGAAGUUCAAGCAGAAGCAGAGAGAGGAGCAGGCUGAGCCUGAUGGCACUGAGGAGGCUGAUAAAAUCGCCUACCUCAUGGGCUUGAACUCUGCUGACAUGCUGAAGGCUCUGUGCUACCCAAGAGUGAAGGUCGGAAAUGAGUUUGUGACCAAAGGCCAAACUGUUCCUCAGGUCAACAAUGCCGUCAUGGCCCUGUGUAAGUCAGUCUAUGAGAAGAUGUUCUUGUGGAUGGUGGUCCGUAUCAAUGAAAUGUUGGACACUAAGCAGCCAAGACAGUUCUUCAUUGGUGUGCUGGACAUUGCUGGAUUCGAGAUCUUUGACUUCAACAGCUUGGAGCAGCUGUGCAUCAACUUCACAAAUGAGAAACUGCAACAGUUCUUCAACCACCACAUGUUUGUGCUUGAGCAAGAGGAGUACAAGAAAGAGGGCAUUGAUUGGGAGUUCAUUGACUUUGGCAUGGACUUGGCUGCCUGCAUUGAGCUUAUUGAGAAGCCAAUGGGCAUCUUCUCCAUCCUUGAAGAGGAGUGCAUGUUCCCCAAGGCAUCAGACACUACCUUCAAGAACAAGCUGUAUGAUCAGCAUCUUGGUAAAAAUAAGUGCUUUGAGAAACCCAAGCCAACAAAGGGUAAGGCAGAAGCCCACUUCUCCCUUGUGCACUAUGCUGGCACUGUGGACUAUAACAUCGGUGGCUGGCUGGACAAGAACAAGGAUCCAUUGAAUGACUCCGUUGUGCAGCUGUACCAGAAGUCAUCAGUGAAGCUGCUGGCCUUCUUGUAUGCAUCUCACACCACUGGUGGUGGCGGCGGCAAGAAGGGUGGUGGCAAGAAGAAGGGUGGCUCUUUCCAGACAGUGUCUGCUCUGUUUAGGGAGAACUUGGGCAAGCUGAUGACCAAUCUGAGGAGCACCCAUCCUCACUUUGUGCGCUGCUUGAUUCCUAAUGAGUCUAAGACUCCAGGUCUCAUGGAGAACUUCCUAGUCAUCCACCAGUUGAGAUGUAACGGUGUGCUGGAGGGUAUCAGAAUCUGCAGAAAGGGCUUCCCCAGCAGAAUCAUUUACGCUGACUUCAAGCAGAGAUACAAAGUGUUGAAUGCAAGUGUCAUCCCAGAGGGCCAGUUCAUUGACAACAAGAAGGCUUCUGAGAAGCUCUUGGGUUCCAUUGAUGUGGACCACAGUCAAUACAGAUUUGGACACACUAAGGUGUUUUUCAAAGCUGGUCUGUUGGGUACACUUGAGGAGAUGCGAGAUGAUAAGCUGGCCACUCUGGUGACCAUGACUCAGGCUCUCUGUCGUGCCCACCUGAUGAGGAGAGAGUUUCUCAAGAUGAUGGAGAGAAGAGAAUCUAUCUUCACCAUCCAGUACAACAUCCGCGCAUUCAUGAAUGUGAAAACCUGGCCAUGGAUGAAGGUGUACUUCAAGAUCAAGCCACUUCUGAAGAGCGCUGAAACUGAGAAGGAAAUGGCAGCAAUGAAAGAGAACUACGAGAAGAUGAAAGUGGACUUCGAAAAGACCUUGGCAAAGAAAAAGGAGCUUGAGGAGAAAAUGGUUGCCCUGUUGCAGGAAAAGAAUGACCUGCAGUUGCAGGUGGCCUCUGAAGGUGAAAGUCUAUCAGAUGCUGAAGAGAGGUGUGAGGGACUCAUUAAGAGCAAAAUCCAGCUGGAGGCCAAACUCAAAGAGACGACCGAGAGGCUGGAGGAUGAGGAGGAGAUCAAUGCUGAGCUCACUGCUAAGAAGAGGAAACUGGAAGAUGAGUGCUCUGAGCUGAAGAAGGACAUUGAUGACCUGGAGCUUACCUUGGCCAAAGUGGAGAAGGAGAAACAUGCCACAGAAAACAAGGUUAAAAAUUUGACGGAGGAGAUGGCCUCUCAGGAUGAGGCCAUUACCAAACUGACCAAAGAGAAGAAAUCCCUCCAAGAAGCACACCAGCAAACUCUGGAUGACCUUCAAGCAGAGGAAGACAAAGUCAACACUCUCACCAAAUCAAAGACAAAAUUGGAGCAACAAGUAGAUGAUCUGGAAGGUUCAUUGGAGCAAGAGAAGAAGCUUCGCAUGGAUCUUGAAAGAGCCAAGAGGAAACUUGAGGGUGACCUGAAACUGGCACAGGAAUCCAUAAUGGAUCUGGAGAAUGACAAGCAGCAGUCAGAAGAAAAGAUCAAAAAGAAAGACUUUGAAAUCAGCCAACUUCUGGGCAAGAUUGAAGAUGAGCAGUCAUUGGGAUCCCAGCUUCAAAAGAAGAUUAAGGAACUCCAGGCCCGUAUUGAAGAACUGGAAGAAGAAAUUGAAGCUGAGCGUGCUGCUCGGGCCAAGGUUGAGAAGCAGAGAGCUGAUAUUGCCAGGGAACUUGAGGAGAUCAGUGAGAGGCUUGAGGAGGCUGGUGGAGCCACUGCUGCUCAAAUUGAGAUGAACAAGAAGCGUGAAGCUGAGUUCCAGAAGCUUCGUCGUGAUCUUGAAGAAUCCACCCUGCAGCAUGAAGCUACUGCCUCCGCUCUUCGCAAGAAGCAGGCUGACAGUGUGGCGGAACUGGGAGAGCAGAUUGACAACCUGCAGCGUGUCAAACAGAAGCUGGAGAAGGAGAAGAGCGAGUACAAGAUGGAGAUUGAUGACCUCUCCAGUAAUAUGGAAGCUGUGGCAAAGGCAAAGGCCAACCUGGAAAAGAUGUGUCGCACCCUUGAGGAUCAACUGAGCGAAGUUAAGAGCAAAAGCGAUGAAAGCAACAGGCAGCUGAAUGACAUCAAUGUGCAGAAAGCCAGGCUCCAAACAGAGAAUGGUGAGUUUGGCCGCCAACUUGAGGAGAAGGAAGCUCUCGUCUCUCAGCUGACAAGAGGCAAACAAGCUUACACUCAGCAGAUCGAGGAACUCAAGAGGCAAAUGGAGGAGGAAACCAAGGCCAAGAAUGCCCUGGCUCAUGCUGUCCAAUCAGCUCGUCAUGACUGUGACCUGCUCAGAGAGCAGUAUGAGGAGGAGCAGGAGGCCAAGGCUGAGCUGCAGCGUGGAAUGUCCAAGGCAAACUGUGAAGUUGCUCAGUGGAGAACCAAAUAUGAGACUGAUGCCAUCCAACGCACUGAGGAGCUGGAAGAGUCCAAGAAAAAGCUUGCACAGCGUCUCCAAGAUGCUGAGGAGUGCAUUGAGGCUGUGAAUGCCAAAUGUGCCUCUCUGGAGAAGACCAAACAGAGACUCCAGGGUGAAGUGGAGGAUCUCAUGAUUGAUGUGGAGAGGGCAAAUGCAAUGGCUGCCAACCUUGAUAAGAAACAGAGGAACUUUGAUAAGGUCCUGGCCGAGUGGAAGCAGAAGUAUGAGGAGGGCCAAGCUGAGCUGGAAGGUGCUCAGAAAGAGGUUCGCUCUCUCGGCACUGAGCUCUUCAAGAUGAAGAACUCAUAUGAAGAGGCUCUGGAUCAGCUGGAGACCCUGAAGAGGGAGAACAAGAACUUGCAACAGGAGAUCUCUGAGCUGACCGAGCAACUGGGUGAGACCGGCAAGAGCAUCCAUGAACUUGAGAAGGCUAAAAAGUCUGUGGAGAGUGAGAAAGCAGAAAUCCAAACCGCACUGGAAGAGGCAGAGGGCACACUUGAGCAUGAGGAGUCCAAGAUUCUUCGUGUUCAGCUUGAACUCACCCAAGUCAAGAGUGAGAUUGACAGGAAGCUGGCAGAGAAGGAUGAGGAGAUGGAACAGAUCAAGAGGAACAGCCAGAGGGUGAUUGAAACCAUGCAGAGCACUCUGGACUCUGAGGUCAGGAGCAGAAACGAUGCCCUGAGAGUCAAGAAGAAGAUGGAGGGAGACCUCAAUGAAAUGGAAGUCCAGUUAAGCCAUGCCAACCGCCAGGCAGCUGAAGCCCAGAAACAACUCAGAAAUAUCCAAGGACAGCUCAAGGAUGCCCAACUGCACCUUGAUGAUGCUGUGAGAGGACAAGAUGACAUGAAGGAGCAGGUUGCCAUGGUGGAGCGCAGAAACAACUUAAUGCUUGCCGAAAUCGAGGAGCUGAGAGCUGCCCUGGAACAGACAGAGAGAGCCCGAAAAGUGGCCGAGCAGGAACUGGUGGAUGCCAGUGAACGUGUUGGAUUGCUGCACUCCCAGAACACAAGCCUCCUCAACACCAAGAAGAAGCUGGAGACUGAACUUGUCCAGAUCCAGGGAGAAGUGGAGGACACUGUCCAGGAGGCCAGAAAUGCAGAAGAGAAGGCCAAGAAGGCCAUCACUGAUGCUGCCAUGAUGGCUGAGGAACUGAAGAAAGAGCAGGACACCAGUGCUCACCUGGAGAGGAUGAAGAAGAACCUGGAGGUCACUGUGAAGGACCUGCAGCAUCGCCUGGAUGAGGCUGAGAACCUGGCCAUGAAGGGUGGAAAGAAGCAACUCCAGAAACUGGAGACUAGAGUGCGUGAGCUGGAAGGAGAGAUCGAGGCUGAACAGAGGCGUGGAAGUGAUGCCAUCAAGGGUGUCCGCAAAUAUGAGAGGAGAGUCAAGGAACUCACCUACCAAACUGAGGAGGACAAGAAGAACGGCACUAGACUGCAGGAUCUGGUGGACAAACUGCAGCUGAAAGUCAAGGCCUACAAGAGACAGGCUGAGGAAGCUGAGGAGCAGGCCAACACUCACCUGUCCAGGUUCAGGAAGGUGCAGCAUGAGCUUGAGGAGGCUCAGGAGCGUGCUGACAUUGCUGAGUCCCAGGUCAACAAGCUGAGGGCCAAGAGCCGUGAUGUUGGCAAGGGGAAAGAUGAAGAGUGAAGAGAGCCUAGUCGAAAAAGUUCAUAUAAUAUGAAUUGCAUGUAAAGUAG